AUGGUGAAAAUCCUAACAAAUGGGCUACGAGCCGUGGUCCCUACACCCUAUGCGCCAAUGUCAUCCAUGCCACUGAGGUGCCGGCUGAACGCAUCACCCAUGAAGACAAAGACAUCGGCUCCAAGGGCAUGAUGUACUACAUUAACGACGGCGUCUACGGCUCGUUCAACUGCAUCCUGUUCGACCACGUCCACCCCGUUGGUCAUCCACUACGUGCGAAGCCCGGCCGUGAGCCGAGGGUCAGCACCAUCUGGGGCCCAACCUGUGAUAGCCUCGAUAUGAUUGAGGACAAGAAAAUGAUGACCCCUGUUGGAGUCGGUGACUGGCUGGUCUACCCGGAAAUGGGUGCCUACACCUCGGCCGCUUCAACCACCUUCAACGGCUUCCAGCGCCCCAACAUGAUUUAUGCCAUCUCCCGCACUAACUGGGAAACCAUCGCUGACCUUCUC